AUCUUUACCUUAGGAAGCUGCCAGUCGUCUAAACAGAAAAAAAAGAUAAGUGUGGCGCAACUGUAAGUGGGAGGGAGCACCUCGUAUUCAAGUAGACAGGUUAAGGAGGAGAUCGUCAUUUUCCCAAGGCAGCGCUUCUCCAGCCACCUUCGCUGACAUGUCUCUGAGUGACAAGGUCGCUCUGGUCACCGGGGCAGCAAAUGGCCUCGGGAAGGCUUUCUCGGAGAUCCUGUUGCAGAACGGCGCUAAGGUGGCCAUGCUGGACAUGAAUGAGUCUGCUGGACAAACGCUAAAGAAGGAAUUUGACUCUCGGUUUGGACCAAACAGGUCCAUAUUCCUGCUGUGUGACGUCCAAUCAGAGCAGCAACUGAGAGCUGCCUUUCAGAAAAGCAUCGAGACAUUUGAUGGGCUGGACAUCUUCUGCAACAACGCCGGUAUCUUCAAUGAGAAGGACUGGGAGAAAACUAUUGCAGUUAAUCUGAACUGCGUUAUUAAAGGUACCUACCUGGCUGUGGAGCAUAUGAAUAAGUUGUCAGGAGGAAGAGGUGGAGUCAUCGUCAAUACUGCGUCCCUUGCAGGCUUGACCCCCCUUGUGAGCGCCCCUGUUUACACCGCAACCAAAUUUGGAGUGGUGGGCUUCACUCGAGCUAUGGCUGAAGUCUCUGCAGCAUCUGGUUACGGAGUCCGGAUCAAUGCAAUAUGUCCCCCUUGGGUCCAAACGGACAUCCUGAACUUGUUCUGCUCUGAUGAGUUAAUGGGGAAUUUUGCUCACCUUAAGGACAGGACUUCAACGAUGAUACAAACGAGCAGACUGCUGGAGCCGGCUGAGGUUGCCAGGUACUUCCUGCAGAUCCUGAAGGAUGAAGGGCGAAACGGAGAAGCGCUAGUGACGUGGAAAACGGGGUCUUACUACGCCACCUACACUAAAUACGACCAGUCAGGCAGCCAUAUUUAAGAAGGACUUCUUGGCUGCUCCCCUUAGGGAUCACCAAGGCAGAUCAUCUGUUUCCGUCUCCUCCUGUCCUCUGUGUCUUCCUGUGCCAUGCAAAUGACCUGCAUAUCCUCCUGACUACUUCUGUCGCCAUCUUACAAUGCGGUGAUUGCAAACAUUCCCAAGUCCUCGGUGACUAGUACACAUGCCUAUUGAAACUCUAGUUAAUGGUCACACCCAUAUUUGUAUAAGACACUGGUCGCUGGUUUCGGUCGUUAUGCAACUGUAUUGUAGAAGG